UAUAAUUUACGGAGUAUAAUAAAAAGAGAUGGGAAAAAAUGUAGAGAACGGAAUGUCAAAACAACCAAAACAAAAGAGUAAAAUAACAAAGAGUAAAAUUGAAGAAGAAAGCAAAAAAAUGUCACAAAUAGAACUAUGCAUUGGCAGCUUCACGACAAAGGAGAGCAACGACAUUUCUCCAGCAGACUAGCAGUUCACCAGAGGAGUAGCUUUUGCUGACAUAUGCGUCAAUAGUGCCUUAGCUUGAAGAGUUAUCCAGCGUUUUAGCAGGGUGCGGUGGCCGGUGAUGGACGGCGGUCACCAGCUCCCGACGGCGGAUGGCAGCUCCAAGCAGCGGUUGCGGCAGCUCCCAGCGGCGGUCGCCAGCUCCCGAUGGCGGAUGGCGGCUCCAGGCAGCUGUUGCGUGCGGCAGCUCCCAGCGGUGGUCGCCAGCUCCCGAUGGCGGAUGGCAGCUCCAGGCAGCGGUUGCGGCAGCUCCCAGCGGUGGUGGCAGAUGGAUGGAUCGAUUAAUGCAUUUGCUAAUUGCGGAGUACACCUUCUCCUCUUCUCUUGUAGUGAAUCGGGCGCAGGGAGUCGGGGACUCACCUUUUGUACGGAGCUGGAGAGAGAGCUUGUUGCCUAAGCCCACGAAGACUACUCCGUAUGAAUGCAGGGAUAUUUCAAGGGAUCAAAAUGGACCCAUAUGGAGCUAGCUAGCACUAUCCACGUAUGGUAUACAUCCAAAAAGGAACUCGCCACGUGUACCUAACGAGGAUGGAUAUCAUGCCACUCACAGGCUUCCGCUCUUUCCCGACUCUUACACGUUGCCUUCAAUUCUAUCCAUCCGAACAAAAAAUAGAAUCAAAAGUGUGCAUAUAUGGAUCCAUGUCCGGCCCGGAAAGCAAUCUUCAUCGGAUCAUCCAUAUAUAAUUCAAUUUCGGAAUUUUCAUUUGAGCCAUGCAGUCAACGGGUGAAAGCUGCGAAGGGGCUGCUGAUUCGAAGAGGCAGCUGCUGCUAAUAGAAAAGAAGGUGGCGGAUCUUAUAAUGCCGCACGACAAGCGAAGAAGACUAGUGGAGGUGCCCUACACCGCAACGCUAGCCGAUACCAUGAACACUCUUCUGGCCCACAGGGUGGCGGCGGUCCCGGUGGCUGCACCGCCGGGGCAGUGGAUCGGUGCCGGCGGAACCAUGAUUCUCGAGCACGAUAAGAGCACCGGCGCCGCCAGGAAGCAUUACAUAGGGAUGGUGACGAUGCUUGAUGUGCUGGCGCAUAUUGCGGGCGGUGAAGAAGAUCUUGACCUGAAAAUGGCGGCUCAAGUCUCUUCCAUCAUCGGUCAUUGCCUUGAAAGUCUCAGCUUGUGGACACUCAACCCUGCUAUGAGCCUUGUGGACUGUAUGGAAGUGUUUAGCAAAGGCAUUCACCGCGCCAUGGUUCCACUGGAGAGCUUGCAGCAAAGCGAGAGGCUGGCAGGCGUAGAGCUGGUGGAGUCGGCAUCAAGCUAUGGGAUGGUCACCCAAAUGGAUGUUUUGAAGUUCCUGCGAGAAUACAAUGGGCAACACCCCGAAGGCGAGCUCAAACACAUCAUGUCAUGCCGCAUCAAAGUCGAGGAUGCCGCGGCCGUUUUCGGGAUUUCCGAUGAGUCCACAGUCAUGAAUGCCAUCAAAUGCAUGAAGGCGGCUUCACUCACCGCCCUGCCCAUCCUUCACUCUUCCAUAGCCAUUCAAGAACAUCACUCGCAACUCUUUAAUGUCAUUAAAGUGGACUGCCAACUCAGAAGGAGAAAAUAACACAAGCUGUUGUAACGUACGGACCCUAAUUUCAUGUAUGACUCGUCGGAUCCAUGAAACGGCUAGACAAUUCGUCCUAGUCUAGUUAUUUUAAUGGGAAAGUUCUUGAAAUGGGACCAAAAACGUAUGUAAAUUUCAAAAUAGGAUUGUCAUGUUUUUAUUCCCAAAAUAGGAGUAAUUACUAUUUUAAAGUCUG